AUGGGACUGAAAGCUACGGUGGGAGCCCAAGUGCCCCAUCCGUCUGCGUACGGCCGUGUCCCCUUGCGGGAUGGGGCCACCGCGGCGGCGGGACCGGGUGAGCACCGCGGCUGGGCAGCCUGUCCCCGCGAGCGGCCGCGCGCCGUCGGGAGCCCGCGCGUGCAGCAGGGCGAGAAGCAGCUCUUCGAGAAGUUCUGGCGCGGCACCUUCAAGGCCGUGGCCACGCCGCGGCCCGAGAGCAUCAUCGUGGCCAGCAUCACGGCCCGCAUGCCUCUGCCCAGUGCUGGGACGCUCAGUUGCCUGUCAUACUCUGCAGAGGACAGGCGUCCUGAAAAGGCAAGUGGCAAUGCAUCCAAGGAGGCCUCCGCCACCAAUGGUUGUGUGAAAGGGAAGGAGAGACGUGACCAUGCUCGCCACCGGUCACGCAGCCGCUCGUGUGAGGUGCAGCGCACCCCACCGCCGGCCCGGGGAAAGAAAAAGAAGAAGAAAUCCGGCCGUAAGAAGAGAAGGAGGUCUCCGUCCUACAGCCCCUCACCUGUGAAGAAGAAAAAGAAGAAGAGCUCGAAGAAACGAAAAAGAAACAGGUUAUCCUCAAAGAAGAGAAGACACAGCUCUCGUGGGCGGCCCCGGAAAUCUCGUCGGCACCGUCACUCUCACUCGGAGAGCUCCGAUUCCCACUCCACUAACUGCCGGAGCAGGCAUCGAGCCAGGUCUCGGGAGGAAGGGCGGAAAACGCGGCGGAGACGCUCCCGGCGCCGCUCAAAGAGCACCGCACCGCGAAGCUCCUCCGCAGAGCGUCAGGCCAGCCAAAAAGCCAGCCCAGCUCUCCCCCUCCACAGCCUCCUGCCUCCUAAGGAAGUAAUCUCUCAGUCAGGGUCUUCUGCUGACCUCUUUACCAAAACAGACAGCCCGCUUGGCAACCUAGCCAGCCAGAAUGGAGAGUAUCAUGAAUAUGACUCAGGAAACGAUACUUCCUCCCCUCCCUCCACUCAAACGAGCUCCUCCAGGUCAAAGGACAGCCAGGAGAAAAGAAGUCUAGUCCAUGAUGGCUUUGGCCAUGCCUUCUCGUCCGGGAAGCCCAAACUGGCCAACAGCGAUAACAGCUCUGAUUCAGGAAAUUCCUUCACCAGUUGCUUUUCCCAGAGCAAGGGAACAGCUUUGGAAAACCUGUCUCCAGAUGCCCAGGGACAAGACGGAAGAGGGUGCCUGUCUCUGUAUCUUGGCUGCUCGGAGAAGAAGCGAACCUUCCCCCCGUCCCCAGCGCACAGCUCCGCGGCGCGGCCGAGCUCCCGCAGCGAGUCCUACGCCAGCACGGGCUGCUCCUCCCCCGGCUCCAGCAGCUCCAGCUGCUCCCGCUCCUUGCACCGCAAGGCCUCCCCCAGGGACUCCCGGAGCAGGUCCUGCUCUUCAGGGAGGAGGUCUUAUUCACGGUCCCCCAGCUAUUCGUCCAAAUCCUGCAAAAAAAGUCCCGGGAGCAGGAACUCGAGGCCUCGUCGGAGCCCCAGUUACUCCCGCUACAGCCCUGGCAGAGAUCGCGAGAGAGAGCACAAGUACAGCUCCAGUGAGAAGGAUUCGCACAGGGAGCGUGGCCGGAGGCGGCAACAGAGAUCCUAUUCACCCCUGAGGAAACGCAGGAGAGAUUCUCCCAGCCACCUCGAAGCUCGGCGCAUCACAAGUGCCCGCAAACGCCCCAUCCCCUACUACCGACCCAGUCCAUCCUCCUCCAGCAGCGCCAGCAGCUAUUCCUCUUGGUAUAGCAGCACUAGCCGCUCCCCCAGCCGGAGCCGGAGCUACUCCAGCUACCGGACAAGCCGGAGCCGAAGCUGGAGCAGCAGCAGUGACAAUGGCAGGGGGCGCAGCCGGGGGUGCAGCUUGGAUCACCAAAGAUACCCCGAGAUCUGUGAUUUCUCCCCACUGAUCCCUUCACAGCUCUUGGUGGUUAUUGUGGGGAAAGGUGAGGGUUAUUGCCCCUUCAUCAAUGCGAGGAAGAGCUCAGGGUAG